AUGCCCCCGACACUAGUGUCUCCUUCCCCCCGAGCAGCCAGCUGGACUUCGUUCCUUCUGCUCCGCAUUCAUCCGCUCCCUCCCCCUUUUUCCCCCUCGUCCCUUCUUAUCGCGCUCUUCCCCUUCAUCUGUUUCCCCCUAUCCAGAGAGCUCCAGAUUUCAGGCUCUACUCAUGUCGUGGACGCUCCUGAUGCUCACUCCCAGGCUGCAUCUGCUGCGGACACUGCCUCAGCCACGUCUGCCGCUGCCGAGUACGAGCUGAGCGGGUUUGCUAACUUCUUCGCUGCAAGAAAGCACCUCAGUCGGACCAUGCACCUUGAAGGAUGGAGAAAAGGACCUGGGGGUGCCCACACAGGGAGUGACGGUUCAAGACAGGGUGUGGUGGCGUCGGUGACUCAGGCGUUAGUUCCUGUAAGAGGGGGUGAGGUGCAGCAAUCGCUGCCGUUGAUUGGCCUCGGAGUCGCUAACACUGUCGCUGCGGGAGCUCUUGCUGUGCGCUCGGGAUUGCAUGAUCUGGUCCGUGCCGCCUUGCUGCUGCAGCUGCAGGGUUUCUCGCAGAAGCAACACGACCAAAGACAGCAGCAGCAGGAGCAGGAGAAGGAGCAGCAGGGGGAGGGAAGUGAGCAGAACGUGGGAAGAAUGAACGAGCAGGAGUUGCUCCAGCGUGUGAAGGACGAGAAACGGCUAGAGUUUUCGAAAAGGGCUCUCAAGAACUACCUAGACCUGCAGAAACGAGAGGUCAAACGGUCUGGCAUGGAGGGAGCUGCUCUGCGGCUCAAGAUGAGAAUGGCCAAGGCGAAUGGGAAGGAUCCUCUACCAUUUGCCCCGUUACAAGAUAAAAUGGGCCCGCGCCGAAACGUGAUGGCCGAAAUCCGCAAUGUUGUGGCCGAGGCGGUGGCAGAGGUGGUAGAAGGAGAGGAAUGCAUGGUGGUACUUGAGAGGAGUAAGGCAUUGGUGAAGGACACAGAGAACACAGGGGAGGCGAGAGUAGUGGGAAAGGGGGUUGCUAGUGGAAACAGUAUUGGUGUAGGGGCAGAGCAGGCGGGCAGAAUGAUUGAGAUGAUGGAGAAGGGAUGGUAUGGUGGAGCUGGUAAAACAGAAAUGAAUGGAAUUAUGGGCUUGGAAGGGGAUGAGGACGGGCUUGGAGAGGUGGGGCCAGAGGUUUUUCUGGAGUGGAGUGUGGAGAAGGCCAGAGAGGCCAAUGCACAUGCAAUGGGUUAUACCAAAGAAGGGAGUUAA